AAAUUAAUAAUAGGUCCAAGGACAGAGAGCAAAGGCUCUGUAAAUAACAAGCCAAUGAAACCAAAGGAGGACCCCACCCCCACAAAAAGUCAACGGUCAAUUCCCUUUUGUUCCUCUUUUUUCUCCAUUCAACGACUGUUUCCCCAACCCCACAAAAACCCACCCACUAUUUCCAACACACCCAACAAAUUCGUUCCUUUUUUCUCUAUCCAUGGCUUCCGGGCCGGAUAGCUCCGAUUUCUUCGACCUCCUACCCGACCCGAUUCUCCUCCUUAUCCUGAACCGGGUCUCCGAUAUCAAGACCCUCCUCCGCUGCAGAUCCGUCUCCAGACGCUUCAACUCCGCCGUACCUCAGGCCGACUCCCUCCUCCUCCGCGUCGACCGUGUCAUCUCCUCCUCCGACGAUGACGACGGCGUUUCUUUUUUCUCCGCCCUCUUCAAAUCCCUCCUCACCUCCCUCCACCACCUCGUUUCCCCUCCCCCCACCGGUAAACAGCCACCCGAGAACCCCACCUCCGCCGCGCCGCCGCCGCCCAAUUCCCCCUCCCAGAUCCUCCGCAGCUUCGACGCCAUCGCCAGUCUCCGGAUCGAGCUCCCCUCCGGCGACCUCCGCCUCGAGAAGGGCACCUCCAUCAAAUGGGUCGCCCGAUUCGGGAAAACCCUCCGCAGCUGCGUCAUCCUCGCGUUCAAGAACGGCGGCGAUUCAACCGCCGCCGAUAGCGGCGGCGGCCUGAAAAUGCGCGUGGUGUGGACGAUCAGCGCGCUGAUUGCGGCCUCCGCCAGGCAUUUCAUGAUCUCCGAGGUGGUCAGGGAGCAGCACUCUCUCUCCCGUCUAGUCGUCUACGAUAGGGACAACGAGGGAACCGUGAUUAUGGACAAAGACGGGCUGACGGAGUCCAGAGAUAGCGGCGGCGAUGUGGCGGCGGAGGAAACCAACGCGGGCGGAAUGUGGUGGCGGAACAAUCGGACGACGGUGCCCGCUGUGGGGAUGAGGAUGAGGCACGAGGCGAGAAUGGAGUUAUCCGGAGGGAUGGUGCUCGAGGGAGCAACGCUCGUGGUGGUGCGGCCGGUGGGCGGUGGCGGAGAAGACGACGACGAGUGGUUAGUGGAGGAGGCGUUUGGGAAAGAGGGAGUGUGGGCAGAGGCAGUUCAGAGGCUGAUCAAGAGCAGGAGCUACAUUCUUGAAAUGAACUCCUUUUGAUCAAAAUGAACAUCAAUUCAUUAUUUCAGGUAUUGUACCAAAAUAGAAAACAAAUGUUGUAAUAUUUGCAUGUGCAAUUGAUUGAUGUUUUCAUCGUCGGAGAAAAAGAAAAGGAAAAAACAUGUUGUUUAACAAUGAAAAAAUGAAUGAUUGUAUCAUGUAAUAGAGUUUACAACCUUGAGCAUUCAUUCAUACAUUUAACCAUUAUUAUGAUGAUGUUAGAUUCUUGCCAUCAA